AUGGUUCUUGGACCAAGAUACCCUGCAUUUAAAAACCAUUUGAAAAAGCAAGUGCAGGGAAUCCAAAUUCCAAAUGCGUGUUUGAGUGAAAGCAGUAGCAGUAGCAUUAACAGAGGAGAGCAAGAUCGUGGGAUCGGUUGGCACGCCAUAGUGAAUGACUUAGCUGCGUUUGGCGCCACAGUUGACACUUGUUCCAGGAACCAAACAGAGCUCAACAAGUGCUUACAAGAAUGGCAAGGUCAAGGCUUUCAGGUAACUGGGUCGGUGUGUGAUGUGUCCUCACCACCCCAGAGAGAGAAGCUCAUUCAGGAAGUCUCAUCCACCUUCAACGCUGAGCUUAACGUCUAUGUAACUACUACUCCUAAGUCAUUAUGCCUAAGGCUAUGCUGUGCAUUACAUUGCAUUUAUAAGCUUAACAUAUGUUGGGAGAGAUCAACCCUUAUGUCCAUGUGUUCGAUUAAACUUGUGGAAGAUAUUUUGUCUCGGACCCCUCUUAAGGGCAUUGCAGAACCGGAAGAAGUGUCAUCGUUGGUGACUUUCCUUUCUUUGCCUGCUGCCUCUUACAUCACUGGACAAGUUAUUUGUGUUGAUGGAGGAUUAACAGUGAAUGGAUUUCAACCCAGCAUGAGAGUUACCUGAGUUCCUUCACUGCUUUUCUGUGGAACAAAUAAUUCUCAUUUUGAUUUUAUUUUCUCUCCCUUCUACUUGUCUAUGAGAAUCGGUGGACUUAUUAGAGUCAUGAAAGAGUUAUAAUACGU